AUGCACCGACCAAGUCUGAGACCUAAAGUAGCUGUUGAUGUUAUAGAGGAAGAGAAAGAGAAUCUAGUGCCUUUACAGGGAGGGAGGCCCGUGUCAAAACUAGCGACUACCUUGGCUAACUCGCGAAAUUAUUCGUUAGAUGGCCUCAAGGCAAAACUACAACAAGAACGAGACCAGUUCGAAUUGCAGCUCAGGAACUUGGACGACUUGGAUGACCCGUUACAGGUAUACCUAAGCUACAUAGAUUGGACGCAUCGAAAUUACCCUCAAGGUGCCAAUACAUUUAGUGAUUUGUUUGGCCUUUUGGAGCGGUGUGCAUCGAAAUUUAGAGAUAUUUCCCUUUACAAAAAUGAUUCUAGGUAUUUGAAAGUAUGGCUCGAGUAUAUUGAUUAUCAUGAUACACCGAGGGAUGCAUAUAUAUAUCUAGCGACCAAAAAAAUUGGAAUUGAAUUGGCCCUUUUUUAUGAAGAGUUUGCUCGUCACUUGGAAUUGAAGGAUAGAUUUGCUGAUGCCCAUGGUGUGUAUGAAAUAGGAAUCCAACAUAAAGCCUUCCCUAUUGGACGUCUUGAGAGAUCCUUUGAGAGAUUCAAAGCACGUACGGCGGCAAAGAAUAUUUCCGCUUCACCACCUAGUGAAGAUAUUAGGAAUGCUCUAUCAUUGAAGCAAGGAAGGCGAAUCGAACAUGAAUCUGAACCUGAAUCUGAGGAGAAACCGAGUAAAAGGAGUAAAAUUGACGUUUAUCAAGACAAUGCCGAUGAAAAUUUGAAUUCUAUACGAUCAGCGUUUGAGAAGGACGCCCAUCAGGAUGUACCGUUGGAGGCUAAAAGGAGCCGUAUAAAGGAAAAUACCUUAGCACCAACAAGGUGGAGUGGCCAGAUAUUGCGACAGAAACACACAGGACCUUCUACUGCUACUGAAAAAUUACAAGUCUUCUGUGACAAUCCACCCAACUCAGCAACUUCACGAGGUGAUACUCCCGAGAUUCAUAGACUGAUUCAUCCUUGUAAAGAUGCUCUAAAUGUAUACACACUCGUUGAAGUACCAGGGAAAAGGGCGGAAAAACUCAUGUUGAAUAUGGAUCUUUUGUAUCCCGAGCUCGAUUCCGAAUUUAGUCCAACCGAAUUAUUAGCAAUGCAGAGACGCGUAGAGACUAAAACAACGGCAACAAAGCCUGAGAAUAGCGCAAUGUUAAACCAGGACCAUGAUACGGAGACCAAGACUUUUACUAUUCCCUCAAUUGAUGAUACACUAACAUCUAAACUCGCCACCAAGGAUCCUACUAUUACCAUGUAUUCAAAAAUGGCCAAAAACGAAGUCUUUGGCAUUUUUAAUCAAGCAUCGCAGACGUAUGAACAACCAGAUUUUUCCGACACAAGAAUUGAGGAACCAACGGUUACAAACUUGGAUAGUUUCGUAACAGAAACAUUGCACGCACAGAAAAUGAUACCCAAAGAAUAUCAAGAGCCUCUUGUUGCAACACAGGUUGAUGAACCUGUUGCAAAUGCACAAAGUGUUAACUACACAAGCUCUCCAUUCUUACUCCAUCCACCUCUCCAACAACAGGCCAAACGGCCACCAGAGCUAAAUACGACAGACCCACUUGACCCUCAAAUAAAAACAGGUAUUUUGCAGAAUUUGGUAAUCCCCUUGACUACUUAUCCUGGAUAUUUCGACAAGUCGAAUAAGAUUGCAAACCAAUUUUUCAGGAUAACAGAUGCCAACUCACAAAACACGGCGCACCCAACAAUACUCGACUGUUUAGGAGAUGAGAUGUACUCUUUGAUUUCAUGCUUUAAGAAACAAGAAUGCUCGCUUGUAUACUUGGCAGAGUCAGAUUCAGGUAGCCUAAAAGUGUUGAAAGUGCUGCGCCCAGCGACCUCAUGGGAGUUUUUCAUAUUGCGACGUGUACGCAGAAGAUUGUUAAAUGAUUUAUCGCAUGAAAAGAAAUUUGCUAAAGCGGAAAGUUUAUUCAGCUUUGGCGAUGAAAGCUUUCUAGUGCUUGAAUAUUACCCUCAGGGCAAUUUGAUGGAAGUGAUUAAACUUUUUAAGGCAAAGGGGAAACCAAUUGACGAGUGCCUAGCCGUGUUUUUCUCAAUUAGAUUGCUUGAAGCUAUAGAAACUUUGCAUGGGAUGGACAUAAUUCACGGAUGUGUUAAUACAGAGAAUUGUAUGAUCAAUUUUGCACGCGAGGACCGAAGCUUUUCCCAAAUUUAUGACCGAAGUGGGAAAUACGGCUGGGACAAAAAACGACUCACCUUAAUAGACUUUGGUGCGUCUAUUGAUUUAACAGAGUUUCAAAAAGGAACUAAAUUUUUGUCGUCCAGCCCAUAUCUAGGCAAUAACUUUCUCGCGUGGAUGGAUGGUGAGCCGUGGACUUUUGAAAUUGAUUAUUUUGGUUUGGCCAACACUAUUCAUGCUUUACUUUUUGAUGAGAGCUUACAAUUUGUAUCAGCGGAUGAAAGAGUGCAAAUAAGGCGCUCCUUAUCGGAGUUCUGGCAGCCCCAGUUAUGGCAAGAACUAUUCGAAGUAUUGUUGAACCCCAAUAGCAAGAUAGGCCAUCAAGCUAAUGCACUAUACUUGAAGAGAAUUAGAAGGAAGCUUGAGGAAUGGUUGGAAAAUUAUUCGGAAGCUGGAAAUUUAAAAGGGUCAAUUGUUUCGCUUGAGGAAGAGUUGGGUUCAACGAUGUAA